AUGGCCGUAAUUGAGAAUCCUUCUGGUUCCUUUGUUUCAGUCACUUCGGCACGUUUUGAGUUCGGUAGACCUCCAAUACGCGAAGUUGGAGGAGGCAUUUUAAUUAAGCCUAGAGGGACUUUUAUGGACGCUACAAUUGUGGCAAAUUUUGCUGUUGAUGAAUCUUUUUUUGGAAUGGGAUGUAUUGAAUUAUUGUUUUUCACUGAUUUAACACCAAUAAAUGCUCCAUAUGGAGGUAUACCACAUUCGAGAACUAUUUGUGAUUUAACAAAAACAUGUUCACGAUUUCCAUGUCCAGAAUAUGGUAAAAAUAAUUAUACAAAAAUUUGUUUAAUGUGUAGUUUAGUGUAG